ACAGAGAGCUCAUCUUCUUCUUCCUUCGUCUCCAUCGAUCGAAUCCUAAAAUCCCAAAAAACCCUAAAAAUUACAGAAUCAAAAUCGAACGAUGCCAGUUCCAAUCAUAGAAACGUGCCGUAAGAGGAAGAGGAAGCCCAAAGUUUACAGCUCGCAACGGUUCGGCGAAGAUGGGGUUCCGAUUUACCGGAGCGAAGCUUUUCGCGAUCAGAUUAGGGUUUUUUUACGCGAUUGCGCCGAGGUUGAGGAGUAUAGCGUUCUUGGUAUGCCUGUUUGGUGUACGCUACUUAGCCAUGAGACUACGAACUCGGUGGUUCCACUUUACACUGUUGAGGAGGAUGUGGCUCGUUCUUCGGAGCCUUACUGCGAUCAAUGUCGUUGCACAGGGUGGAGCAAUCAUUUUGUGUCAAAGAGGAAGUAUCACUUUAUAAUACCAGUUGAUUCUGAGUGGAAUAUGCCUUUAGAAGAUGAUGUAUUUGAUCUACAAAGUCAUCUUUUACAUGGAUUGAUUCAUAGUAAUGGCUUUGGUCAUUUGAUAUGCAUCAAUGGUAUGGAAGGGGAUUCUAAAUACUUGUGCGGAAGAGAGAUUGUUGAUCUUUGGGACCGGAUUUGUAAUAUCCUUGGAGCACGGAUGAUAACAGUUGAAGAUUUUUCCAAGAAGAGAUCUAUGGAACUGAGGUUGUUGUAUGGUGUUGCUUAUGGCCACUCCUGGUUUGGAAGAUGGGGAUACAAAUUCUCUCGUGGAAGUUAUGGUGUGACAAAGAAUGAUUACGAGAAUGCGAUAGAGCUUCUUGGUUCACUUGAUCUUAAUCAGAUUGAGUUUCAUUUUGGUGAGUAUCAACAAUCUAAAGAGAUCAAGCAGGUUAUUCGGUAUUACAGAGAGAUGAGUGAAGGGAAUUUGAGGACGUUCAGAGAUCUUUUGCGGUUUAUGCUCAUCAUCAAGUCUCAUGCUUCUCCCCAAAAGCUUCUUCCUGCGACUCCUCCUAUCCUGACAGAUUCUCCUCAUCCGAAAAGAUCAAGUAGGUUGCUUUUGAAGAAAAGUGAUAUUGCAGAUAACGACAAGUCUCCGAAAUAUAGGCGUUAUAGCACUGUUGCUGCAAAUUUGGGUAGUAGAUGGCCUGUGAGGAGACUAAUAUUUGCAGCUGAAGUGAUAGUAGAGUCACUGAAAGAGAUGAAAGCAAUGAAGCCAAACGGUAUGACUCGGCAAGAUGUUAGGGAUUCAGCUAGAUUGCAUAUUGGAGACACCGGUCUGCUGGAUUAUGUGCUGAAGUCGAUGCACAAUGUGGUCGUUGGGAAUGUUUUGGUUCGGCGUUAUGUUGAUCCCGUUACACGUAUUCUGCACUAUACAAUACAGGAGCUUGAUGAUGCGAUGAACGUCAUAGAACCGAAGAAAGAAGAAGCUGUACUGCUAGAGGAGAUUACUCCUUUGAGGAUUUAUACUCCAUUAAAACCUGGAGCUGAUGUUUAUGGAGAUCUGUUGUUACUAUACACAAAUGUGUUGUUGAACUAUCCAGAAUCUGAGCUACUAGUGAGAUCUGCAACUCAAGCAAUCCUAGACAGCAAGCACUUCGUAAAGGAGUGGCCUAUAUGGGACAACAGUGAAACAGUCUUACAAUUUGUUUGCCGUAUCAAUCCAAGUUUGAUUGGUUUGAGAUCAGAACAGAUGACAGAGCUUCCUCCUGGUGAAUUGGUCACAGUUCCAUUACAAGCUACAGUCUUUGAUCUAAAGCAAGCCAUUGAAGAGACUUUCAGAGAUACUUACUGCAUCUUAGCAAACUUUGUGGUGAGUGAGAUUGAAGAAGUUACAGAAGACAUGAGUUUGACCGAGUCUUGUUCUGCUUUAACAGUGAGGGGUUAUGGGAUUGAUUUGGAAUCGAAACUCAAGUGUCAAGGUGGAUGUGAUACAUGGAUGGUGAGAUGUAUUUGCAGGGCUAGAGAUGAUGAUGGUGAGAGGAUGAUAUCUUGUGAUGUUUGUGAGGUAUGGCAACAUACAAGAUGCUGUGGGAUUGAUGAUUCAGAUACUUUGCCUCCACUUUUUGUGUGUUCGAACUGCUGUGAAGAGUUUGCAGAGCAACAGAGGAAAGUGUUGCAGCCCAAAUAUGAGUUUCCGAGUUCAGAGAAUAUGUUUCUGAUUGAAUCUGCAGAUGAUUUCUAUGGGGAUCAAAGUUGUCUUGGUUUGAUUUUCCCUGAAGAAAACUAUCUCUUGUAAAGCCAUUUUUGGACUAAACUUUGUAGAUUACUCAAUUUUUUUGGUAAACGAGAAACA